AUGGAAACAAUUUUAAAAAAAAAAAAAAAAAAAACAAGCAAGGUAACUAUUGAUACAAUUCAAAAAGAAUAUGACCAUGUUCAUAAAAAAAAAAACACAGAUAUAUAUAUACGAUCUAGCAAGCCAAUUAAUAUAUAUCAAAAGAGAAUUAUAAAAUUAUUAAAUACUAACACAAAUCAAGUAAAAAAUAUUAUAGAAGGAAAUAAUAAAAAUGGAAAUAAUUCAAAAAAUAUGCCAAACGAAGAAAUUUGUAUUUAUGCAGUAGGCAGCAAUAUUAUUCGAUCUUCUUAUCUUCUUCAGGAUAUUGUAAAUUAUUAUUGUAAAUUUUUAACAUCAAUUAGUACCCCUAAACAUAACAUAAAUACAAAUAAAACUAAUACUGUUAACAUAUCUACCAAUAGUAAUAAUAAAAAUAUAAAUAAUAAAACUCCACCCAAAAUAAAACUCACUGAUUAUUCAAACCAUUUAGACAUAAAUAUAAAUAGUGAAACAUUAUCAAUGAAUGAUAAUAUAAUAUCUAAUACUUAUAUUAUAAAUGAUAUAUUUUUAAAUGACAAUUAUGAUAGUUUAAUAAAUUUUGCAAAAACACCAUACAAUCCUAAGCUACACAAAUAUUCAGAGAGAACUAAGGAAAGAAGAGUAACAUAUGUUAGCAUUUCAAUAAAAAAAAAAAAAUAA